UUGGCUUACUACUCAGAGAAGAAAAUCCGUUGUUGUGGAGAGGAAGAAAGGCUCAAGAAAUCCGAGGAGCGUUAAACGUAUAAACAGCGAUUGUUAAACCCCAGUUUUUGCGGGUCGUUUUCUCUCCAACUUGUUUUUUUCCGUUUUGUUUCGCUAACAUGGCUUGUGGAGCAACGUUAAAGCGGUCGAUGGAGUUUGAGGCCCUCCUCAGUCCCCAGUCUCCCAAGCGGAGAAGGUGCAAUCCACUACCGGGGACUCCUAGCACUCCGUCCCCGCAAAGAUGCAACCUCCGUCCCCCAGUCGACAGCCCAACGCAUUCGAUGUCUCCUCCGGCCACUGGAGGCGAACACAGGCUCACCCCAGAGCAGAUCUUCCAGAACCUCCGUCAGGAGUACAGCCGGAUCCAGAGGCGGCGGCAGCUGGAAGGGGCCUUCAACCAGACUGAGGCCUGUAGCUCCAGUGAUGCCCCCAGUCCCAGUUCCUCCCUCAACGCUCCCAGCUCUCCGCCAGGUGCCUCAAGGAAGGACCAGCCCUCGUUCACACUGAAGCAGGUGAGCUACCUGUGCGAGCGGCUGCUUAAAGACCACGAGGAGAAGAUCCGGGAGGAGUACGAACAGAUCCUUAACACAAAACUUGCAGAACAAUAUGAAUCUUUUGUGAAAUUCACACAAGACCAGAUCAUGCGAAGAUACGGAGCCCGGCCUGCUAGUUAUGUGUCCUGAACUCACAUCGAUCCCAGCUUCCUCUCACAAGAUGGCUGCUCUUCUACUGCCCCCCUCCUUCCACCUGAUUUUCAUUUUACUUACCUUUUCUUUUUUUGUUUUUUGUUUUUUGUUUUUUAAACCCCUCCAUCUCAAACCGCUUGGGUGCCAUGGUUUAUCCUCUUUUUAAUCCAAAAGUUGAUUUCUUACUUCAAAACUUUCGCUGCUGGCCAAAAGUCAGAAGAAUCUGAAAGAUAAACUAUGUAUGAAGCCCAUCCCUUUUUUUGCCCUUUUUCUUGUUGAUAUACUCUUUCUGGAAAUCCUGACUAAAGCAGAUCUGUGUCAAAUCUCUUGCCAGCGCUGUAGAAAAAAAGCUUAUUGGCUCAUGUGAUGAUCCUGUAUAACCUUCCAGCAGCUGUAUUUAAAGGCUCCUGCUUUUCACGUCGUCCCACUUUUAUUGCCCCACCGCCCUCCCCCCUCCUACAACUCUACCUGAGAAUGUGGAUUUUUCUCCCUUUUGAAAAAAAUAAAAGUUCUGUGAUUAAAA